UUGACAGAUAAAGGUCGACAGUUGGAUUGUUGCGAUGUAUAUGUUUAUCUUUCCUUAGAAAUGAAGGCAGCCCGUAAAAGAUGAAUUGGGAGUUCAUUUGUGCGGACAUGUGUCGUGCGUGCAUGCGAGUGGAUGGUAUUCUUCUGCCCAUGUACGGCGAUGAUAUGAUUCGUAAGAAGAAUCUUCCUGAAAAACUUACCGAGCUAACAUCCGUAGAGAUUGAUAAGGACGAUGGGUUGCCGACGAUGCUUUGCACUAAAUGUGCAUAUAGAACCGAUGCAUUCUAUGAUUUUAAACAGCAAGUUCUGGCUACAGAGAAAAAGUUACGAAAAAUGUUCGAGGGCCAGAUUUCUCCUAUUAUUAAAAAUGAAAUUGUGGAAAAUUAUGACGAAGAUUCUAAAAUAAGUGAAUCAACUAUAAUAGAAUUAAAAUAUGAUAAUAAUAAUACAGUCAUUCAGACUGAAAGUGAUACAAAUGAAUUAGUAGAUGAUACGUUGGCAGAAAAUAAUGGACAGCUAAUAAAUCAAGAUAGUAUUAAUUUAAUACAGAUAAAUGAAUUAGAAAGUUCAAGUAUUGUAGGAGAAUUGGGUCAUAUCAUGCCUGAAAUGGAACAUCUUAUUACCGAAGAAAGUAAGGUGGAUACCAUAAAAAAUCAGAUACCUGAUACAAUUACAGAAAUUCUACAGUCCCAGAGUUUAGAUUAUACUAUAAUGUAUAUACUGGAUAGUGAAUUAGAAAAUGUCACUACGGAUGAAAAAUUUUAUUUAGCUGACAAGAAAAAGAUGGAUAUACAGGAAAACUAUGAAAAUAUGACUAACUGUAUCCCAGAAAUAACAACUGAAGUUGAUGAUGACGAUAACGAUUCAGCCAGUAAAAUGUUGACAUUUAAGGGUAAUCAAGAAAAGUUAAAUUUAGAUCAUAAGUCGUGGCAACCACCCUUCGAGUAUGAAAUAAUUAAAACUGACAAGGACAGUGAAAAUGAUAAUAAAGCGGUGAAUGAUUGCUAUGGGAAUAGAAAAGAAGCAGAAAGCGAAGGUAGUGAUUCCGAUUAUUUUGCCGAUAAGGAUAAUAUUUUGGGUAGUUUGAACGACACCAUUACUAAAAUUAAAGAGAUCAAGCAAGAUGGCAACGUUUUGCAAUAUCAGUGUACAUUAUGUUUGCAAAAUUAUGACGAGUUGACAGGUGUCUUGAUCCAUACCGUAGAUAAUCAUGUACCGGCAGGUGGACCGUUCUUUUGUGUAGUCUGUGAAAAAGACUGUGAAAGUCUUCGGCAGUUGAAAACACAUGUCAAAACUCAUACUGGACAGUUUCCAUAUACAUGUUUCAUUUGUAAUAAAUCUUUUUCCAUGAAGAAAUAUUUAAAAAGACACAUGAUUUGCCAUAGUGAUUUUCCGAGGCAUCGGUGUCCUAAGUGUGGCGUACGAUUUAAAGUCAAGUCUGAAUUAGAAGCACACGUUACAACUCAUAUUCACGGCGCACCAUAUUCUUGCAGUCAAUGUCCUCGAUUAUUUAAUCAUAAAGGUAAUUACAAGCGACACUUGAUUUCGCAUUUAGAUCCACAAGGUCUCCAUCUGCCUAAAUAUCCAUGCAAAGUCUGUGGGAAACGGUUCCUUAAUAAUCGUACUCUAAUGACUCAUAUGCGAGUCCACACUGGCGAGAAACCAUUUAAAUGCGAGGUGUGUAGUAGAUCAUUCUCACAACAGGGAAAUCUUUUGAAUCAUUUGAGAAUUCAUUCAAAUCCUCGUAGUUAUACUUGUGAAGUAUGUGGCAAACGCUUUAACCAAAGAGCCACGUUACGAGACCACAGUUUACUCCAUACCGGUGAAAAGCCUUAUGUCUGUAACGUCUGUGGUGCAGCGUUCACAUUUAGUGCUGCUUUACGUAGGCAUAUGUGGACACAUGCCAGCGAUAAACCUUUUGGUUGCGAGAUCUGUGAUUCUCGAUUUAUUGGUAAAUAUGAUCUAAAGCGCCACAUGAGAGUGCACAAUGAUAGACCUAGAGUCAAGGGUAGAAAAAAUGUAGUAAAACAGGAAGAAACUGUCAAUGAAGAAUCCAUCGAUCAAAUCGUUGAAUUACAAGUUGAAAAUUCAGAGAUGGAAACGAUAUUAAUCGAGCAGGUUUUGCCUGAUCAGGAUGUUUCGCGAACACUUCCACAGGAGGAGUCCGAAAAAGAAAAUGUGGAUGCACUAUUUACUCUUAUACACUACGAUUAAAGUCGAGUGGUGAAUAGAUGCAACGUGUAUAUACAGUGCAUCAUUAUUUAUCAUCACUAUUCCAGACAGAGUUUAUAAACCAGUCAUCGUGUCAUAAUGUCAUAACGUUGCAAACCAAUGCCAGGUAUUAGGGCGCAAGAUUUACUCUACGCAGGUAUUGCAAGUGAAUCACUUUUUGUAAUUAAUGUUUAGUACCCCAUGAUAAGAUAAUAUAAAUAAUUGUACAGAGGAUACAAAAAUAUGCACGUAACAUGUAAA